AUGUCCUGGCAAUUUUCCGAAGAAGCAUUCCUUAAACAGUCUCCCUCGAGGAAACAGUUGACGCUCCAACAAGACUUGAAAACAAGAGAGAGUAUAUAUGAUUUCACUAUCAAGCUUGGUCUGGCAUUGAAAUUAAAUGGGAAGACAAUUCUUGCCGCUACCAUAUAUGUGGCGAGAUUCUAUAUGCGAGUGCCAAUAACUACCUCUAAGUACUUUGUUGUCUGCGCUGCCAUAACUAUUUCAUGUAAACUUAAUGACAAUUACAGGCCACCUGACAAAAUUGCCAUGACUGCAUGUGCAUUGAAGAACCCCCACAAACAGAUAGAUGAGCAAAGUGAUUUAUUUUGGAGCUGGAGAGAUCAAUUGCUCUAUAGAGAAGAGAUGAUGCUCAAGACACUAAAUUUUGAUUUAAACUUGAAUCUCCCAUACGAGCUUAGAGAGAAGUUAGAAGAAGAAAUAAUAGAAAAAGAGAAGAUCAAAAAGCUAGUAAACAAAGUUGAAGGAGAUGAGCAUACAUUGAGGGAUGUAAAUGACUUAGUAGGUGAUGUGGAUGGUGAGGAUGAAGAAGAGUACGAAACUCCAAUUGACCAAGCAGACACUGCAACAGAUAAAUCCGAUUUCUAUUCGUCUGCAAAAGAGAUUCUUAGACAAAGUGUAGCAUUGAUUGAGAUUCUUUCAUCUUUACCGAUCUUGAUCACUUAUAACGUCGAAUCAUUUUUCGGUGCUUCAUUGGUGAUUGUGCUCUUUGAAAAGUACUCAACUUCAGUUACGCUUCCGAAAGAUUACUUAUUAAAACAUGUACAUACAACAGCCGAGGAAAGUUACAAAUGCUAUAAGUAUAUUUACAAACUACUCAAGUUAAGUCAAAGUAAAGAUCCUCACCUACUGAGCCAUAGGGCGGCCGCCAAAAGGAUAAAAUUGAUUGAAAGGAAGGAUUUUUUCCACAUCACAAACUCAGAAGUGGUCGAGAGCAGCACAAACACAAACAUUUCCAAUACAAAUGGAACUCCUAGGAAUGAUGACAAUUUAAUACUGUAG